GUGUAGAUAUGCUUGCCUUGAAUCUACAGGAGGCCCCUAACCCUGCCACGGAGGCAAUGGUUGUCGAAGAAACGCCAAAAAUGACGUUAGCUCGAGAGAAGGUUUUAGAGGAAGCAAGGAAGGCAAUAUCUGGAGACGGUGACCUUGGUCGGAUUGAGGAGAAGAAGAGGACUCAAACUUUGAGAGCAAGCGAAAAAUCGGGAAAAUCAAGUUUCUCUUGGGCAUGGGAGUUGGAUUCUGGAGAGGAAGAGCGAAACAGUAAAGAUAUCACGGUUUUGGAUGCUCCAGGACACAAAGACUUUGUUCCCAAUGCAAUCUCUGGUGCUUCUCAGGCCGAUUGUGCUCUUUUGGUGGUAGAUGCUACAACGGGAGAAUUUGAAGCAGGCUUUGAUAAGGGAGGGCAAACUCGAGAACAUCUGCUACUGGUCAGGAGCCUAGGAGUACAGCAAGUCAUCAUAGCUAUUAAUAAGCUGGAUACGUCCGGAUAUCAGUCAUCGAAGACCUUCUUCGUGCCUGUUUCUGGAUUCCUGGGCGUGAACCUCGUGGAUAGAUCUGUUCCUGAAGCAACACCUCUCUCGACAUGGUAUUCCGGACCGACUCUUGUGGAUUUGUUGAAGAGAGCUUUGGAAACUCCUCUCCGAUUUCCUAUCUCAAAUGUUUUCCGCGGUCAAACAGCUACGUCAUCAGGCAUUGCGGUGGCGGGUAGACUCUGCUCUGGUGUUGUCCAGGUAGGGGAGAAGUUACGAGUGCUGCCAGGUGAUGAGAGUGCAGUGGUAAAGAGAGAUAGUUUGCCGUGGGCUGCGGCUGGACAAAAUGUUCACCUUUAUCUGACCGGUAUUGAUCCAAUCAACCUAGCGUAA